AUGACGACUGAGAGUGGAUUUGUGCAACCAGUAAUCUCGAAAUUUGAUGGGCAUUACGAUCACUGGUGUAUGCUCACGGAAAAUUUUAUGCAAUCAAAAGAAUAUUGGAAUAUAAUAGAAGAUGAGAUUCUUGUAGCAGUAGAAGGAGUUCAACUUAGUGAAGCGCAAAAGAAGGCAAUUGAUGAUGCAAGAUUGAAAGAUAUGAAGGCGAAGAAUUAUCUCUUCCAAGCCAUAGAUAGAUCAAUUUUAGAAACCGUCUUGAACAAAGAUACAACUAAAAGCAUUUGGGACUCCUUGAAGAAAAAGCAUCAAGGGACAACACGAGUGCAGCGAGCACAACGACAAGCUCUUCAAAAGGAGUUUGAGAUGCUAAGCAUGAAGGAGGGAGAAUCUGUAAAUGAGUAUUUUGCUUGCACUCUUACUAUAGUCAACCAGCUGAGAGUCACUAAGGCAAAGAUGGAUGAUGUAGUAGUCAUCAAGAAGAUACUAAGAUCCAUGUCAUCCAAGUUCGUUUACGUGGUGUGUUCUAUUGAGGAGUCAAAUGAUUUGGAUGUUUUUACCAUUGAUGAAUUACAAAGUAGCCUUCUAGUACAUGAGCAACGUAUGAAAUCUCAUGUUGUGGAAGAGCAAACAUUGAAGGUUACUUUUGGAAAGUCUUUAGGAGGAAAAGGAAGAGUGCGUGACGGAAUGCGAGGACGAGGAAGAGGUGGAGGUAGGCGUAAUUUUGAUAAAUCUACUAUUGACUGUUAUCACUGUCAUAAGCUUGAACACUUUUAA